CGGCCGGUAUCGUCACGUCAGUCCGCCACAGUCGUUGAUCCACGGCCGUUCGAUAGCGCGCGAGUCUCUGCUGCUCCCCGGUCGUUCAGUAGUGGUUCGUUAUCGUAGUUUUUUCUUAUCCGUUUUUCCCGUUCACAUAUCAAAACAGAAAUAUAAUUAUUCGCCAGUGAUCGCGCGGCGGGUAUUGAACAUCAUCACAAUUAUUAUUAUUCGUAACGUGUAAAUUAUUACAAAAAAAAUUAAUUAAAAUAUAUAUAUAUUAAUUUUUUUUUUACUACAAUGUGUACUUGAAUUAUUACUCUCUCGUCCGUGUUGUGAAAAUUUUUUUUUGUUUUACAAAAUAUUCUACAGUGUGUGUUUUAUUUUUAUCAUAUCGUUACUACACGGAUUACCCGCCGGUUUCGUGAUUAUAGUAUUCGAAUACGAAAUAAUUGCCGUUUAUCUAAACCCGAUCCGUGUCCGCCGCGGUAUUAAGAGCUUUUGUUUUUUUACGCGCUAAGUGUUUUGCGAUGCGUUGCGUACCACCGCGUACCCGCGUCCCAGACAACAUCUAGUCGGGAUAUACCACGCGCGCGUGUUCCAAGAAUAAAAACGAAAUAAUUUUUCCACACGUCGUCGUCGUCGUCGCUAUCAGUGCGGUGCGCGCGUCCACCAUGCGUUACCGAUGGUGUAAUCUGUAUUGCAUCGUUUGCGUCGUCAUCGGAUUCGUCGUUACAAAUGUCAGUUGUAACGGCGUGUUCGAGCUGCGGAUAAAAUCGUUCAGUAACGAGCUGGGCCGAGAAGCUUCAGGACUGUGCUGCGGUGGCGUGUGCGGCACGCCGUGCCGGACAAAGUUCCGGGCGUGCUUGAAACAUUACGAGACCAACAUAAAUGUGAACUCCACGUGCACGUUCGGUGACGUUGUCACUCCCGUGCUCGGCGAGAACAGCCUAACGUUACCGGCCAACGCCACGCCGAUAGCGUUCCAUUUCAAUUUUACAUGGCCGGGUACAUUUUCACUAAUUGUAGAAGCAUGGCAUGAACCAUCGUCAGCAAGAAAUUCAGGAACGACUAACGGAUCAGCGCUAAUCACGCGGAUCACGGACCAACGGUUCCUAAAACUCAGUGACGGAUGGGUACAGCAGGAGUACGCUGGAUCGACCGGCGGCGUCCGGUCGCGGCUCGUGUACGAGCACAGGGUCCGGUGCGAGGAUAACUAUCACGGCGAUGGGUGUGCGAAAUUCUGCCGUCCCAGAGAUGACAAUUUUGGACAUUACUUGUGUUCAGAUGACGGCGAUAUGAUCUGCAUGCCCGGCUGGACGGGAAGCUAUUGCAGCAAAGCGAUUUGCGCACCUGGCUGCGACGAGAAAAAAGGAACGUGCAUGACUCCAGGAACCUGCCAAUGUCACUUGGGCUGGACCGGUGAAAGAUGCGAUCAGUGUCAAAUAUACCCGGGUUGCGUGAACGGUUAUUGUCAAAAACCGUGGCAGUGCCUGUGCAAAGAAGGAUGGGGAGGCAUGUUCUGCAACCAAGAUUUGAACUAUUGCACAAAUCACGCACCGUGCAAGAAUGGCGGGACGUGCUUCAACACGGGCCAGGGACUGUACACGUGCUCGUGUCCACCAGGUUUCUCGGGACCUGAGUGCAACGUGGACCUGGGAUUGUCAAACAAACCAGGACUGGACUGUACCACAGGGUUGACUUGCCUUAACGGCGGGACAUGCAAAAAAAAUGGCGCUGUACCCAGCUGUUCGUGCCCCAGCCAAUGGAAAGGCGUUCGAUGCGAGACGUCCACGCAACCGGCUUGUGCCAGUUCACCGUGCGGCAACGGCGGCACUUGCGUGAAUGGCAAGAACAAUAACGGCACCGGUAGCAACAACAACGGGUACGUGUGCCAUUGCCCCAUGGGCUUCUCCGGGCCGACCUGCCACCAGGCUAUCAAUCACUGCCAGCCGGACCCGUGCCGGAACGGCGCGACCUGCGUGCCGAGCAAAGACAGUUCCAGUUACACGUGCAAGUGCGCUCCCGGAUUCGCCGGCGCCCACUGCCACCUGGCCGACCACUGCCAAAAGAACCCGUGCCAGAACGGUGGUACGUGUCAGGUCCAGGCGGACGGUUUCCGUUGCCAGUGCGUGCCCGGCUACGUCGGUGACCUGUGCCGCAGCGAGGUGGAUUAUUGUGUGGCCAAGCCGUGCGCCAACGGUGGUUCAUGCGAGAAUCUGAAAAACGAUUUCCGGUGCAGCUGCCGUCCCGGAUUCGGGGGCAAGGACUGCAGUCGGUACGUGAACGAGUGCGUGUCCUCGCCGUGCGCCAACGGAGGCACAUGCGUAACGGCGACCGGCAGCGGUGGCAACGGUUUCAAGUGCGAAUGCUCGGCCGGUUACUCGGGCUCCAACUGCACAGAAGAAUGGCCGACGACGUUGGGUGACCGGUCCAAGCACGUGUCGGUGCAAGACCAGCCCGAGAUGGUACAGGCGUCCGUCAACGGCGUGCUCAUGGUCGUACUGUCCGUGUCCGUGCC